AUGUCGCAACAACCGGGGAAUGAGACCCCCCGGGCGAUCAGCCCAGUCGACCAAGAGGAGAAAGCGCUGGCCCCCAAUGGUCUCGAACGCAUCCCGCCCAAUGGCGGCGCUAAGGCGUGGGCUUGCGUUGCAGGCUCAUUUCUGCUCCAGUUCUGUUCAUUCGGUUACGUCAAUGCAUGUGGAAUCUUCCAGUUGUAUUACCAUGACACCAUGUUCAAGGACCAAUCCUCGUCGGACUUGGCGUGGAUUACUACCCUACAGAUCUUCCUGCUCUUCAUGCUCGGCCCUGCGGUUGGGAAACUGAUUGAUGUCUAUGGCUGCCGCCGCACGCUCCCACCGUUCAGCAUCAUGGCUGUGUUCUCGGUGUGCAUGCUGAGCUUGUGCACCAAGUACUGGCAGGUAAUGCUGGCGCAGGGAGUCGCCUUCGGUCUGGCUGCCGCGGGAUUGUCCCUUCCCGCCAUGGCCACGGCGACGCAGUGGUUUUCGACAAAGAAAGGUUUGGCAGUCGGCAUUGUGUCCGCGGGUAGCAGUCUCGGUGGAGUAAUCUACCCAUGUAUGCUCCCUCGACUGGUCGAACAGGUCGGCUUCGCGUCGGCUGUUCGUUGGACUGCACUCAUGCAAGGCAUCCUCCUGGUCAUUGCCAACCUUCUUUGCUCGUCUCCCUUCCCGCCCCUCAGCAAGAGCCCCCCUGCAGAGAAGGAUGCUACUCCCAGCAAAGGUCUUCGUGCAUUCAAGAGUUGGCCUUGGGGUUUCUUCGUUCUGGGCUGUUUCUUCACCAUGUGGGGCCUGUUUGCGCCGCUGAACUACCUCCCAGAGAUGGCUUCGCUUCAUGGAUAUGAAGACUUUGCGCAGUACACCCUGGCUAUUGCCAAUGCGGGGUCCCUCUUUGGUCGGAUUGUGCCUGGAUGGAUUAGUGACACCAUCGGACAAUUCAACACCAUGUGCAUCGUGACAAGUUUGUCCGGGAUCCUCGUGUUAGCCUUCUGGCUACCACUGGAGUUUCACACCUCUCUAGCCGGUAUCAUUGUGUUUGCCUUGCUUUUUGGUUUUGUCAGCGGCGGCUUCGUGAGUCUGGGGCCCCCAUGUGUCGUCUCUCUUGCGGAGGACCGCGUGGAUGAGAUCGGGGUCCAGCUCGGAGGCUUCUGCUUGGCUAUCGCUCUCGGUGCAUUGACGGGUCUUCCCAUCGAAGGAGCCAUCAAAGACCGCGAAGGGAACCGAUUCACCGGUUUGAUGUGUUUUGCUGGAGCGACGAUGAUUCUCGGGGGAAUAUGCACGGCAGCCGCUCGAGUGAUCAAGGGCGGUCCGCAACUGCUGAAGAAAGUCUGA